AUGAGAACCAUUACAUACAGACAUAACAAGUACAAUCAUGCCAACGCGAAGAACACGAACGAGGCAUUAGUAAAACCGAGCACCGAUCCAGAGAGACAACAAGAAUAUUCCGUGAAGGACAAAGAUCAACAAGAACCGGCAAACAACUUCUCCUUCUCCAUCCUUUCCGAAAAGCGGAAGGCUUUGUUCGAGCCGCUUGAGCCAGUCAACAACGUGAAUGGGAAACGCCCGUCGGCAGAUUCCCUACUCCCACCUCCCGAUUUUGAGUCCGCUAGCUACCCAAAAGGCUGGCUGAUUGGGAAAAAACGGAAGCUUGUCAACGUUGAUGUUGUGGAGAGCAUGCGGAGGAUUGCUGUUCAAGAAAUGAACCGAAAGGACAGGGAGAUUGAUGGGCUUAACGAGCAAUUAGAAGAGGAUGCACGUUCUGCAUUGUUUCAGUUUGGUUUCACUACGAGUGAUCACGAUUUUGCUUUAUUUCUUCGGCGCUCCUCCUUCGGGAUCAUUAUUUUGCUACUCUAUGUUGACGAUAUGAUCAUCACGGGGGAUGAUAUUAUCGGUAUUUCCGAUUUGCAGGAUUAUCUUUGUCAGCAUUUUGAGAUGAAGAGUUUGGGCCAGCUUCACUAUUUUUUGGGUCUUGAGAUCUUUGAUUCGUCUGAUGGAUUCUAUUCGUCUCAAGCCAAGUAUGCCUCUGAUCUUCUUGCUUGGGCUGGUCUCGCUGAUUGCCAGACAGCUUCAUCACCUCUUGAUUAUGAUGUUCGUCUUACUCCACUUGAUGGCUCUCUUCUUGAGGAUCCUACAUUAUAUCGUCAGCUUGUUGGGAGUUUGAUAUACUUGACUGUCACUUGGCCUGAUAUAGCUCAUGCAGUUCAUAUUGUGAGUCAGUUUAUGGCUGCUCCACUAACCACGCAUCAUUCUGCUGUGUUGCACAUCCUUCGCUAUGUCAAGGGCACUCUAUUGUAUGGUUUACACUUCUCGGCCCAUUCUUCUUUGACGCUUAGCGGUUAUUCUGAUGCAGAUUGGGCUGGAGAUCCUACUGAUCGUCGUUCUAUUACUGGGUACUGCUUCUUUCUGGGUGAUUCACUUGUCUCUUGGCGCAGUAAGAAGUAA